AUGAGGCCUGAGGAUCUCGAGUCAAUGGUUCAAUCGCUUGCUCAUCUUCUGCGGGACAAUGGGGACGGGGUGCUGGACGAAAGCCACAGCCUGACCCUUCUCACCCCAACCCUACAAGUCGUCACCCACCUGUUUGAUCUGCUCUUUCCGCGGGGCCCGGGAACUGGGUUCCAGGCACUUUCCGCCCACCCUACCGAUAGCGGUGCCAUUCUGCGCUCACAGUUCCUGCUCGAUCUUGCGCAGAAGACUCCAGCAUUGAAGAUUAUUCACCUUGAUGAAUGUCCCCCCCAGUUUGAUGUGAAUAUUUUUCCAUUUAAGUCCUUAAAAAGUUUAGAGUUACAAUGUCUCCCCCCACACUGCCUAAGGGGGCUGCGAGGUGUAUACUCACAGUUGGAGAUCCUGACUUGCUCACAAUGUGUGACCAGCAUAGCGGAGGUGAUCUCUUCUUGUGGGGGGGAUCUGAGUUCUGCCCUACCCUGGUUGGAACUGCACACACUCAACUUCAGCAAAAAUGCCAUCCACAGCCUGGACCAGUCUCUGGAACUGUUGAACAGUCUGAGGUCUUUGGACUUGAGUAACAAUUUCAUCAAAGACUGCGGCCCACAUUUAAAGAUUCUCUCUGAGCUCCAGCACCUGAAUCUGGCGUAUAAUUCACUGGAAUCCUUCCCGGAGCUCAGCAUACAGUCCAGCGUACAGCUCCAAACUGUUAUCUUAAGUUACAACAAGCUGUCCUGCACCAAAGGGCUGGAACAUCUCACAAACCUUCAUCACUUGGAUCUGUCAUAUAACCUGCUGGACAAUCACUCACAGCUCAAAGGUUUAGCUCGGAUGCAUAACCUGAAAGAGCUCAUCCUGGAAGGAAAUCCUAUGUGCUACCUCCCAGACCAUCGAGCACUGACCGCCCAACACCUGUCCCGUAAAGCCUCUGACAAGGUUUUACUGGAUGGAAAUCUGAUAACCGCAUUGGAUAAAGUCAUGACUACAUACGUGUACAGAGAGCGGAUAAUACUGCCACGAGGCUACAAUUCGGCCACAGAGAGUUCCUGCACUGGGGAACUGAGCGACAGCUGCUCUGCUCCAGAGAGGAUCGCCACCCGGAUUCCUCGCAAAAAAUCCAAGGUUAAAGUCCGCAGAGCCAGCAUCUCAGAACCCAGUGACAGCGAAUGUGAGCGGGAGCCGCGGAGUCAGCCAGUAGUGGUUCUGCAACACCAAAGAGACAUUGAGCGCACAGAUAGCUUCCGUGAACAGUUUGGCGAAGAUUGGUUGCAGUACCGCUCUCACCUGGAGGAGGAGCUCAAUAAGGACCGAAAUGGCAAUACCCCCAGAAAUCCCGUAUAUUCCCAGCCUUUCACGAAGAGCAAGUCAUCGCCCAUAACACUGCAGACAGCUGGCAGAACAGGCAGCCUGUCACCUGUCCCUGCAAACCCAGGUCCAGCUAGACCUCCCACCCCGGAGGUCAGCACAGCCCCUCUAGCCGCAGAUCUGCUGAUAGAAAAGAUAGAGGAUGUCCUGGAGGAUGGAUUGUGGGAGCCGCAGACAAUCGACAAGACAGAGGAGGAGGAGGAGAUUAUAAAAGAUGCCCUAUGCUUGCCAGUAACUGUAUGCCCUAUUUUGGAUGGGCAGCCACGUAACCCUGACUGGCCAUGGGUCUUUGUGCGUGUAACUCGCCAGCACCUCCUGGAGAUCGAUCUGGAACGUGGAAGGGUGCUGGUUCGGAGGGAGCUUCAAAGUUUGCGGGAAAUUCAGACCUCGGUCACUCAGUGGGACUGGAAUGGGGAGGAGCAAGAGCUUCCUGUGCUGGCGCUGUUCUUCCAUUCGGUAUGUGAGGAUAAGCAGUGUGCCCGCUACGUGGUACUGGACAAUACGUCUGAGAUCUCCAUAAAGACACUGCUGGAUGUGUUGAAUCCCAUUCUAGAAGAGAAUCUGAGACUGAUCGCUGAGGGGGAAGAAGGUCCUCCCAAACUGCAGUGCCUCAAGUGCAAAAGUGAAUUCACCCACCAGGACGACAGUGGCGUUGUUUUCAGUUGCGAGGGAGAAGGGCAAUCACAGGACAAGAUGUCGCAUGGUCUGCACAAUAAUCACUCAGAUCAUACUGGCUGCCCAUCCUGCGGGAGCUUCCACGUCAUCUUGGCCCCGGUAGACCAGAACAGCAGCUCCAGCACGCCAACGCAGUCCUCUCCACCUGAAGGCACUGAGAGCAAGGGGCAAAAGUUCUUUCUGGGUGGAGAUGACAGAGACAGUUCAGAAACCAGCAGCAGCAGCUGUCUGGGUGGUACUGACAGCAUAUUGAAUGGCACAACCACAUCAGAUGCCAACAUUACCGGCCUGACUGGAAGUUAUAGAUCUUUCACUACGACCCCUCCAGCCAGGCAUGAUAGCAUGGUGCUCCAGGACAACUGGCAAGUUAGUCCAAAUUCUCUCAGCCCACACCAGACUCUGGAUUUCCGGCUAGUGGAUCACCGUCUAAAGUUAUAUCUCGAUAUGGAGAUCCUAGUGGGGGAGAUGGAGGAAUUCCAAUGUUAUAUGAAGGUACCUGUGGUUCGUUUUGGGAAAGAGGGGGCGUUUUGGGCACUUGUAGUGGUUUCUAAUCAGAAAAUCUACUUUCUGGAGAUAACCGGAGAAACUAGUGGUCCUCCCUCUGAUUGGCUGAGUCCUGGAGAGGAACAGAACCUGACUUCUCUCACCCACCUGCACAUUGGACUGCAGAAACAAACCUUACAUCUUGGAUUCAACACCCCUGAGGCGGCCUACACCCUGCUCACCCGGAACUGCCACUUCAGCACAAUAUUCGCAGAGAACAUUCUGGAUUCAAUGUUUGAGCUUCCCCCACGUUAUCGCAGUGCUCUGGACCACAGCGUCGAUGAGGGAAUCAUGCAGGGGCAUCAUCUUUGGCAUCUCCUACAUGAUAACCUUGAAGAAGGCAGCGGCGGCCCGAGUGAAUAUCACUAUGCGCUGGCGUAUUUCAUGCAAGAGGAUGCGUCAACUGAUAAACCAGCAAAUUUGUGUGCGAAUGACACCAUGGUUCCACAUAAUACAUCAUCACCUGCAGCAAAGGCACAAGGCGCUGCGAAUGCUACAGCGGUCACUUUGCUGCUCACCCAUAAUCAUAUGUACAUCCUGGAGGAGACCCAUCAGUGGCUUCACAAUCCAUCGCCUGCCGGAGAAGACACCGAUCAGGAGCCCUUGGACAGGGUUCAGGUCAAGGAAAAGCAGCCCAUUAGCAGCAUCAGCUCUGUGCAUCUGUACAGCUCUGCAACACUGCAUCUCCGCAUCCAGCUUUAUAAUGAGACACAGCAGAAGGAAAGUGCUUGGCUCUUGUGGACGGAGGACCCGGAUCUUCCUAAAGAGAUAGCAGAGUGGCUGCGGGUUCCCUGGGAAGCUGAAUAUCACAUACACUUCAAUCCGGUUAUUCAUGAGACCCUGGACUGA